AUGCCUCCGAUUGAACCUGUAUUCAAGGCAGUUGAUGAAUCAUUUUCUAAUGAGGACUUAGCCCACGUCAAUGUGCCCUCCAGAUCACAGAUUAUUGAAGCUUGCCAGCGUAAAGAGGAAGGACAUCUUCAAACUACGUCGGCUGCAAAAGAGACAUCCCUCAAAAGUCCCACUGACAAGUUAAACAGCGAAGAUGUCGGGGGCUCCGGGCUUUCUACUCUAGCGCAUCAUAGAUACUUCAAUCAGAUCUUAUCCAAGGCAGGUUCUUUUAUGUGUGUAACCACCAAUGCUUCCACAAAGCAUAUCGCUGGUGUGCCCAAUAACGGCUGUGGAGGUCAGCCAUCCGCGCCGCCAAGCAGAACACCGCCUCGUAUUUCUGAGCAAUCAACCCCGUACACAACCCAACCUGUGAUCUCUACCAAUGGAGCGGAACGAGGAAGGCAUGUAUGGGAUAUCAAGACGAGCAAUAGCCAAGCCUCAGAUAUAAGCUUUAUGGACCACGAGUAUCCUCCCAUUGCCUGCCCCAGCUCAUCUAGCAUGCCACAAAAACAGUAUUUGAAAGAAUGGUACCGGUAUUGCUGCCAGUGUGGCUUCGACGUUGCCAUGACCGCACAAGACACGGCUUAUGUCGAGUUUCACCGGACUCAUUGUGAUGAAUGUCGCUGGGAAUCAUACUACACCUUCCUAGAGCUAUAG